CGCGCCACGGGGAAAACACACACACACACACACACACACACCAAAAACAGCACGGGUUGUUUUACUGGGAGGACGCGGAGCCUCAUCCGUAUUAGAGCCGUCUUUAUGUAUACACAGACCGUAAGAGACACCCCUCCCACUCCUCCUGGCUCUCUCAUCACUCUGCUCCGGGAUCUUGGAUGUGGAUGAGAUUCUGUAGCCCCGUCUUUCUCGGUAUCAGCAUCGCAUUGAGGACAAUCGGGCGAGCAUCCGCGGAUGAAAGCGGAGAGCAGCAAAAACACAGUUUGAUUGAUCAUAAUUGUACUGUGUCAGCCUGGGGCCAGACAGACUGGGAUGCGCCAAUCUUGGUAUGCGCUAAGGUGUGAGUUGUGAUUGGCCGUGCACUCUUAUUUUUUUCUUCUUCUUCUUCUUCUUCUUCAAUAAGCCAGACUGAAGGCGGUUGCUGUGCACAAUUGAUGCGUGCACGGGCGUCGACCGCAAACUUGCAUCCGCGGGGAGACAGCUGGUGCUGAUCUAAAGACUUGGCUGAUCAACUAGUGAAGAGGAGGACACGGUGUCACUUCUGUUCACCUGUUUUCUGACCGUCGUGGUGUUUGGGACCUCCGCUGUUGGAACAUAAUAUUGGUGUCUGGCUGCAGUAUCAUGACGGGGAAAAAGUUGAAGGUGGCGGUGGACUCCCUGUGUAGACCGAGGAGGAGGGUGCGCAUUUUCCUCUCAUUCCUCCUGGUGUUUGCGGCUACAUGUCUGGUUCACUUCAUCCAAAAGCAGCAUUUCUUGAAUAUUUUCGAAGGACUGGGCACAGACCCUUUGGAAGAUCCUACCAAAAAUCUCAACAACUCAGAUGCUUUCCCUCCUGGCGCGAUGCUCGGAAUCACACCGCAGCAGUCCACAGAGAUUGUGUCUUCUGAGAAUGGAGAGAAAGGCAACGCUGACAACCGUCAAGAAGCAGAAGCCGUCCUGACCAGCCUGGUCACUCCAGUAAAGCUCCCACUGAGUCAACAGGACACAGAUUCUCAUCAACGCAAACUCCUGAAAACUAGUCCCCCGAUCAGUCACACCAACGCCAAUAAUAUUACCACAUCCUCAUCGGACUCUAAUGCCUCUGUCCCGUCUGUCCCCUCUGUCCCCGAUGUCCCCAAGAACUGGUCAAAGGUCUCCGCAACCGUGAAAGCCCGUAGGGAUCUGGUGAAGGAAAUGUGUGCCAAGUACAAAAGCAACAUCCCAAAGAACAUCACAAAAGGACACUUAUAUCACGUCUUUGUGGAGGACAAAUACAAGUUGUUGUACUGCCAGGUGCCCAAGGCAGGCUGUUCCAACUGGAGGAGGACACUGAUGGUGUUGUCAGGCUAUGCCUCCAAUAUUGAAAAUAUCAAACACGACACAGUCCACUAUGCCAGCAACCUCAGGAGUCUCAACAAUUAUGACAAUGAGGGUGUGAUUCACCGACUGAAAACCUACACCAAAGUCCUCUUUGUCCGAGAACCAAUGCAGAGGUUAGUGUCAGCGUAUAGGGAUAAGUUUGAAAAUCCAAACGACUACUACCACGGGCUGUUUGGUAAACCCAUCAUCUCCAAGUACAGGGUGAACGCAUCCGAGGAAGCCCGGAAGACAGGCAACGGGGUCACAUUCAAGGAAUUCAUACAGUAUCUACUGGAUGUCCACCGGCCCAUAGGAAUGGAUAUCCACUGGAAUCUGGUGGACAAACUCUGCCACCCUUGUAUCAUGAACUAUGACUUCAUUGGCAAGUUUGAAAACAUGGGAGAAGAGUCCGACUUUCUCCUGCGAUUGAUCGGGGCACCGAGUGACCUCAAGUUGCCGACAUUUAAAGACAGGAACCCAAAAGACAAGAAGACCUCGACGGAUGUCAUGGAAAGUUACUUCUCCCAGGUCACUGCAGAGGAGAAACAGAAAGUCUAUGACUUCUACUACAUGGACUACCAGAUGUUUGACUACUCCAAGCCUUUUAAUGAUCUACAUUAACCGAUUACUGUCGGGCCUCUCGCAUCACAAUUGCAUUCCACUAUGUCCACAUCUCGACCAUUUAACUCCAAAUGAAGGAAUCUAUGUCCCUCCUGUCUUCUCGUUUUCUCCACAACCACUCGUUUGACCAAUUUCGAACUUUGCAAACGCUUCGUUUACGAUGUGUGAACUGUCGGGAGAAUGGGCAGACAGCGAAUCCGCCCCCCGCAUUUAUUUCUAGUUUGAACUGAGACACCACCCUUUGACGAUGUCAACCCAAGACAUAAUUUGACAGCACUGCACUAGCGAUCAUUCACCAUCAAGCUCAGUCACACGCUCACACAUGGAUCUUUGGACCGAAGAAAUAGAAAUAGAACAAUAUGAUGUGGUAUUAAAUACUUUAUUUACUACUAGUGUGCGGUGAGGUACAAUUAUAAAUAGAACUAUGGAAAAAAAAAUAGAGAUUUAAUCGUUAUUUUGUUAUUUGUUAUUUGUAAAGCUACUUGACUUCCUUGGUGGUGGAUUUCUAGCGGGGCCGGUCGACGAUCGGCAAGAAAUGCGGAGGGGAUGCUAGUGACAAAGAGGCGAGACAUGAUGGAGAAUAAUAAUAAAAAAAAAGGCUAGAAAAAGAACAGGUUUAAAAAGAAAAGCUUUCAUGUUUCGCUUUUGUCGUCCCCUGAGGAAUUCUGAGUAAUUACCAAAGCCUGCUGGGGCCUCUUCCUCACAUUUACCUCGGUGAUCUUGCGUAGCCCUACUCCUUCACUCCCCAGCUUUUAGAGAUGCUUAUCCCGUCAAAUGAAGGACAGAGGUGAGAAAAGUGUGUGGGCCUGAUCAGUUUAGUGGGCAUGUGUGACGAUGAUGACGCGAGGAGGUUCUAAGUGGUGGCACCCUCAUCACCCACUCCAUGUUGAUUACAAUUUCUAUAUCAUAGCUAUAUAAACAUAUAUAUAUAUAUAUCAUAGAUUUAUUUUCUUUUAUAAAUAAAGUGACAGCCCAAAAUAUAAAUUAUAAAUGCUUGUAAAAAGGCUUUAAAAAAAAUAAAAACGUGUUUUAUGGGGCAUAACACACACACAGUAGGUGGGAUUGAACCAUAAUGAUACCUCAGCUUCAGUAACAGUCACCACACCAGAAACAAACCCCCCCCCACCACCGUGUAAUGCACCGCAAUUCAUUAGAAAUAUUACAAAUUGGACGUGCAGUAAGUUAUGCCUUUAUGUAUCAACACGUAACAGUAUGGAUAUUUCACGUGUGUUGAUUUAUUUCACAUUAUACAUGUGGUGAUAGAAAAUGAAACACUGUAAAGGGCAUAUAUCUUGAAAAAUGUGUAAAGUGCUGCCCGCUGGGACACUGUGUGCACCUAUUGUAGCAUUUUUUUGUAUUUCUAACUUUGUUGGUUAGGUCCGUGCUUUAUGGUAUAAUGCAUACAUUGUUCUAAGACCACAGGACUUGCAGGGUACAACAUCUAUUACUGCAAUAGUGUUUCCAACUUAGUGGUCAUUUUGUUUCCUUUUGACAGCAUUGAAAACUUUAAAAACACACAAAAACAAGUUUGUUUACAUUUGCUACCAAAUAUGAAUCACUCCAAGAAUGUACAACGGUGUUUGAAAGAAGCGACGGCGGCCCAAACUUCUCCACGUGUCAAAUCCAAAAACCAGUCCCCCAACCAGUUACCGUACGACUUACAGAUCACACAUCCUUCCCUCUAUCACACACACACACACACACGUAUAUAUAUAUAUAUAUAUAUAUAUAUAUAUAUAUUCCACUAUAUAGGCUUUUUUCUGACACUACUGUGUAAAAUUGUAUAAUGGGCAUUCAGAUGAUUGUAUAUUUUUCUAUGUAUUUCUAAUAUUCCUCUCUGUGGAGAUGUUUAUUUCCCUUUUUGAUGUCACUCGUUGUCGUUUUUAGUGAUACUGCUAUCGUGUUGUGAAACUGAAGAGUUUCUUUCCAAAACAAAAAUAUCCACUGGCUAAAAACUACGCAAGUGUACACAAACCGCAAACAAAAGUCUAAAAAUACUCAAUUGAUGAAGAAACGUAUGCGAUCGUUUGUGCAGAAGUGCAGAUGACAGCUACGGCUGAAUGACUAAUAGAUAGUUCAUUUAUUUAUUUAAUUAUUUAUUUAGAAAAAGAAUGGAUAUCUGAAAUUUUGGAAAUGAGCUCUUAAUUCAAUGAAUAAUCCCUGUUCUCUUAGGCAUCGAUAUGAUCGUAAAACCCCUGUACAAAUGAGCUGCACUCCGCCUCGUCACUCAUCCUGGCUAAUGACAUCUUAUCCAAUAGCAACCGCACAGUGUGUGUAUGUGUGUGUGUGCGUGUGUGUGUGCGCGUGUGUGUAAAAGCAAUAUACGCCGUUUAGACCGCUUUACAAUCUCUUUCCCUUCCAUGUCUUUUGGAUAUACAGUAACACGAUACACGUCGCAGGUAUAAUAUCCUGUGUCUAAUGACAUUGAAGAACUGCCCUGCUCACGUUACAGUCCCCCCCCCCCCCGCCUGAUGCAGGUCAGACCACACAGUGACCACACACAACGUGCAAUGGCAAAUGCAGAGGCACCUCUUUUGUGGGGUUAGCCAUCUUUCAUUAAAAUGGUUCACUCACAGCAUCUUAAAUGAUAUUAAACUGAUGUAUGUACAGUAUAUCGCACUCCUCAGUGUCAGCCAAGGUAUCUUCAAAAGAAAGUUGAGUAUAAAAUUGUCUUGGGUCACCGUGUUGAAUAACUAAUUAAUGCCUAUGAUGCAAAAAUAAAUAUAUAUGUAUACGUAUAUAUAUAUACAUACAUAUACAUAUAUACGUAUAUAUAUAAAAUAAAACAGAUACCCCCUCAAAAAAAACAAGUAGGUAAAAUAUUUCUUUUUUUCUAUGAGGGCAUGGUGCAAUGAUGAACUGUGAUGCUGCAAAUAACCUAUGGCUGGUUGCCAUUAUUUUGUUAUUAUUAUGUCACUAUUAAGCUAUACACUUUACAGAAAAUGUAUUUUGUGUGACAAAAUAUCUAACAGUGAUUUAUUAUUGAUUUUUCUGUUGCUUUGUUGCCAACAAGUAAAGGGAAAUUUACAUUAUUUAAACCUACACACACUAUAAUCAACCUUUGGAGACGUUUGCUGAUGGUGAUCGUAUGAACCUUUGUCAGUAUAGUGCGUUGGCUUUUGCUAUUCCGAAAUUGUUUUUCCGCUGUGGUCAGAUUAUAGCUAAUCUCUGGCCAGCACAGCCGACGGUUUGAUGAGUAUUGCUUUUGCAAAUACUGUGUAAACACAAAAGCUUAAUUACAGUAACAAGUGAAUGUAUAACUGUUAAUCAUUGGUGCAAAAUUGUGUAAAAACAUGAUCUUAACCCCUUUGCCUUAUUUUACACUGCCAAUCAAAUGGUGUAUUUCAGGAAGAUUUCUUCUUCAGGUGGUAUGUUGUUUCUGACUGUCUACUAAAUAAACUGUCUUUGACAUUUUCA